AUGGGAAUAUGGGCUAGCCGCACCUGGCGUCGAUUCUUCGCAAGCGACCAAGAUUGCAAGAUUGUCAUCGUUGGAUUGAACAAUGCUGGCAAGACCACAAUUCUGUACAAUCUUCAUCUUGGCCAGGUGGUUUUGACACAACCAACCAUUGGAAGCAACGUAGAAGAAGUGAAGCACGAGAACUUGACUUUUCAGGUUUGGGAUCUUGGUGGGCAGGAGAGCCUGCGAGCAAACUGGUCCACAUAUUUCGAGGAGGCUGAUGCCAUCAUAUUCGUGGUGGACAGUAACGACCAGGACAAUAUGGUCCUGGCAAAAAUGGAGCUGUUCAAUGUCGUUCUGCAUGAGGACUUGAAACAUGCUUGUCUUCUCGUUCUUGCCAACAAGCAGGACAUCCAGGGCAGCCGCAAUGCCGGACAGAUUGCUCAAGACCUCUCGCUGCACAAGAUCCUAACCCACGAGUGGCAGAUUCAAAGUUGCUGUGCUUUGACGGGAGAAGGCCUUCGUGAGGGUAUGAGUUGGAUUGCGGGCAGGAUCCGGGCACGGCGGAAAGGAGAGGUUUCCGCACCACGCGCGCAGCAAACAGUGAGCUAG